UUGGCCGAAGCUGUUCUGGCUAGAAACGGAAGUCCUGGCAGGAAGCUCAGAGUUCAGUUGGCGUUUCAUCUGUUUACGUACAAGUUUUACACUACGAGACAUUGUCGCUCUUUGAAUUACGAGCAUCUCUUAUUUAAAGCUCAGCUUUUAUUUAUUAAUAUGUUGAAAGAGAAAUAAGGGUUAGAUGUACAUUUCUACCCGCCGGCGGUCAGAAGAUUUCUUUGUCUGCAUUGUGUUUUUGCUGGAUUGGGAAAAGGGAGAAUGCUUGAAGAAUGUUACCGGUAAAACUGAGAGAUGCCGGGGUCUGGCAGCAAACUAAAAGCCUCCUAUACAAAAACCUGCUUAUUAAAUGGAGGACCAAACAGCAGAGUCUGCAGGAGCUGAUCCUGCCCUUGCUGUUGCUGGGGCUCCUGAUUCUCAUCAGCACACUGCACCCCCAUGCCUAUUACCAUGGCAUCUCCACCGUGGAGCUGGAGCGCCAAUACAGCUACGACCCAGAGCCAAAAUACCUGGGAUACACGCCCAACAAUACCAUUACCAAUCACAUUAUGGACAAGGUGGCGGAACAUUUAACUAACGAAGGGAUUGAGGUGGAGAUGUUCCACAGCGAGAAGGCCUUGGAGAAUGCCAGCCUGCACGAUCAGUCAUCCUGGGUGGGUGUGGUGUUCCAGAACUCGUUAAGCUACCAGCUGCGCUUUCCCUACAAUUCUGUGCCACUGCCCAGCGACUACACAGACUCAAUCGCCAGCUGCUUUACAGACAGUAAAUCGUGCAAGGCUGCAAACUACUGGUACUCUGGAUUCAUCAAACUCCAGUCAUACAUUGAUGCAGCCAUUAUAGAGGUGCAGACCCAGCAGGAGGUCUGGAGGGAGAUGGAGGGGCUACGGGUCGUGAUGAUGGGCCAGCCUGGGUCAGUGGAGGUCCAGAAGUUCCCUCACGCACUCAUCUCCAUCUACCUGGUCCUGGCGUUCACGCCCUUCGUGUCCUUCCUCAUCGUCAACGUGGCGGCGGAGAAGGAGUGCCGCCUGAAGGAUGCCAUGGCCAUGAUGGGGCUGCAUGACUCUGCGUUCUGGCUGUCCUGGGGCUUGCUGUAUGCUGCCCUGGUCUCCACCAUGUCAGUCCUCAUGGCAAUCAUCUCCACAUGCACCUCCCUCUUUCCCAGCAGUAGCUUCUUUGUGAUCUUUCUGCUCAUUUUCCUGUACGGGAUAUCCACAAUCUUCUUUUCGUUCAUGCUGACACCCCUCUUCAAAAAGCCCAAGUUCGCCAGCACUGUGGGCUCCAUGCUGACAGUAGUGUUCGGCUGCCUGUCUCUCUUCACUGUCCUGAUGAAGGAUUUCCCUCAGCCGCUGGUCUGGGUGCUGUGUUUGCUGUCUCCCAGUGCCUUCUCCAUGGGCAUUGCACAGGUGGUGUACCUGGAAGCUCAGGGAGACGGAGCAGUCUUCUCCACUCUGUCCAAUGGCCCCCACCCCCUUUUCGUGCCCCUUGUCAUGCUGGUGCUCGAUAGCUUCCUCUACCUCCUGCUAGCAGUCUACCUGGACCAGGUCUUACCAAGGGAAUAUGGACUACGUCGGUCCAUCCUCUACUUUCUGAAGCCGUCCUAUUGGUCCAGACACAUGAAGCACUAUAAAGAGGUCAGUUCGCGGUUUGAGAGUGAGGUAAACGGCGUCUCUCCGUCCAGCGAGUCAGUCGAGCCCGUGUCUUCAGAGUUCCAGGGGAAGGAAGCCAUCAGAAUUAACAAUAUUCAUAAAGUUUAUAAGGAGAAGGACAGUUCUGUUGAGGCACUUAGAGGUUUGACGUUUGACAUCUAUGAGGGACAGAUCACAGCCCUGCUGGGGCACAGCGGAGCGGGGAAGUCCACGCUGAUGAAUAUUCUGUGUGGGAUCUGCCCUCCCACUGAAGGCUCUGCCAUGAUCUAUGGCUCCCCAGUGUCUGAGAUGGCAGAGGGGCUGGAGAUGCGGAGGCUGGUGGGAAUCUGCCCGCAGUUCAACAUCAUGUUCGAGGUGCUGACUGUGGAGGAGCACCUGAGGAUCUUUGCUGCCAUCAAGGGCAUCCCCCCGGGUGACAUCAACAGAGAGGUAGCCAAAGUGUUGAAGGACUUGGAUCUAGAGAAGAUCAUGGACGCCCAGGCCAAGAACCUGAGCGGCGGCCAGAAGAGGAAGCUGUCUGUGGGCAUUGCCAUCCUGGGGGACCCCAAGAUUCUUCUCCUGGAUGAGCCCACGGCAGGAAUGGACCCCUGCUCCCGGCACCAGGUGUGGUCUCUGCUGAAGAGUCGGCGGUCAGAUCAUGUCACUGUACUCUCCACCCACUACAUGGACGAGGCUGACAUUCUGGCAGAUCGGAAAGCUGUGAUCUCCCAAGGACUCCUCAAGUGUAUUGGCUCCUCUCUCUAUCUCAAAAUUAAAUGUGGGGUUGGCUACCACCUCCGAAUGUCAGUGAAUGAGUCGUGUGACACAGACCGCGUGACCUCAUUGAUCAGACAGCAUGUCUCUAAGGCACAGUUGUCACGGCAACAGGAGGCGGAACUGACAUACACUCUUCCCUUUGAAAACAUGGACACGUUCUCAGGCCUGUUCUCAGAGCUGGACAGCCAGCCUGAUCUCGGAAUAGGGAACUAUGGUGUUUCCAUGACAACACUGGAAGAUGUUUUCCUGAAGCUGGAGGCUGAGGCCGAGGUUGAUCAAGCAGACUACAGCGUGUUUAACCAGGAGCAGGUGGAGGAGGAAGGGGACGCCUCCUCCUUGGGCGACACUGACCAGCGGCUCCUCAUCUUCUCUGACAGCAAGUCUGAGGGCGUCUCUGGACAUGCUCUGUGGAGGCAGCAGUUCCGCACCAUAGCCAGACUGCACCUGCUCAACCUGCAGAGGGAGAGAAAGCCCAUCAUUCUGGCUCUGUUCAUUAUCUUUCUGGCCUCAGUGCUGGCUCUGUCCCUGAUCAGUGGCAAUAUCCGAAUCAACGCCACGUCCCGUCGGCUCUCCCCAGACCUCUACCUCCUCAGCAGCAAACAGCCGUUUCGCAAGUACGCCAGCAGCCUGCUGCUGCACAAUGCCACCGACUCGAGUAUUGACGACUUCAUCCGCAAUGUGGAAUCACAGGAUAUUAAGGUGGAAUUGCAGAAAGGAAAUGAUUUCAUGGCAAGUGCUCCACAUAGUGCUGCCUUUAACAUUUCAGGUUCCAAUAAGCAGCACUGCGAGUACACAGCUGUGUUUAACAGUACCACGGUACACUCCCUUCCUAUGCUGCUGAAUGUCCUAAGCAACGCCCUGCUGCGCAGCUUCAACGGGACCGGCCACAUCGAGACGUGGAGCAAACCCUUUGAAUUUAAAAUUCCUGAGGCUCUAUCGAACGCCCUGAUCUACAUUGAAGCGGUUCUGUUGGGAAUGCUGGCAGCAGGAAUGCCAGCCUACUUUGCCAUGGAACACACACGGGACCGCGAGAUUAAGUGCCGUUCCCAGCUGCGAAUCUCAGGCUUGGUCCCAUCUGCAUACUGGUGCGGUCAGGCUGCUGUUGACAUCCCCUUCUACUACCUCAUCCUGAUCGCCAUGACCAGCACUCUCUUCGCCUUCCACUCGGAGGAGCUGUUGCACGCCGGCGCGUACACAUCGGUGAUCCCGUGUCUGAUAGGCUACGGUCCGGCGAUGAUCCUCUUCACCUACGUGGUGUCCUUCAUGUUCACUCGCGUCCAGAACAAUCGGGAUUUCCUCUCCAUCGUCUCCAUGCUGGUCUGUGUGGUAUCUGCAUUCUUGAUUCAGCUGACCUAUGUGAAUGGAAACCAGAUCGUAGCCACAAUUCUGCACAACUCUUUGUGCUUCUUCAACCCACUGUACCCACUCAUGGGCUGCCUCAACUGCAUUACCAAGAAGACUUUCACUGACAUGAGUGUUUAUGAAGACACUGGAACGCUGAGUAGAAACAUGCUGGUAACCAUUGUAUCGCCCUACCUGCAGUGCAUCUUUCUUCUCUUCCUGCUGCGUUGGCUGGAGAUCCGAUACGGAGGCAAGACUAUAAAGAACGAUCCUCUAUGCAGGAUCUCCUCUGGGAAGACAAAAGUCCAUAGGAACCCUGACGAGUCAGAUAACGAGGACGAAGAUGUCCAAGCAGAGAGGACGAGGGUCAAGGAGGCACUGAGCUGUCAGACCUGCGAGGAGAAGCCAGUGGUGGUGGUGAGCAGCCUGAGGAAGGAGUACAGCACCCGUCAUGACGGUUUCAUCUUGAACACCAAGAAGAAGAAAGUGGCAACAAGAAACAUCUCCCUCUGCGUUCGCAAAGGUGAAGUGCUGGGACUGCUGGGUCCGAAUGGAGCAGGGAAGACCACUACCAUGUACAUGCUGGCUGGAGAAACAGAGCCCACGGCAGGACAGGUGCUGAUGGGUGAUUACUGCACAGAGUUCCGGCAGGUGGACAGCACCCUGGAGUACAUCGGCUACUGUCCACAGGUGAACCCGCUGUGGCCCAAGAUCACUCUGCAGGAGCACCUGGAGAUCUACGCCUCCAUCAAGGGGCUCGGCCAGAAUGAGGUCGCCGGCAUCAUCAAGCGCGUUGUGAAUGCACUGGAGUUGAAAGAACACCUCAAAAAGAAAGCCAAGAAUCUCUCGGCAGGAAUUAAGAGAAAGCUCUGUUUUGCCUUGAGCAUGCUGGGUAACCCUCAGAUUGUGCUUCUGGAUGAACCUUCAACAGGAAUGGACCCCAAAGCCAAGCAGAGGAUGUGGAGAGCUAUCCGUGCAGCAUUCAAGAACCGCCAGCGGGGGGCGAUACUCACCACCCACUACAUGGAGGAGGCGGAGGCUGUGUGUGACCGAGUCGCCAUCAUGGUGUCAGGGCAGUUGCGGUGUAUCGGCUCCAUCCAGCACUUGAAGGGAAAGUACGGCCGUGGGUACAGCCUGGAGGUGAAGCUGCGGGAGGAGAUGACAGGACUGCGGGAAGUGGCUCUCCUUCACAAGGAGAUCCUGAGAAUCUUCCCUCAUGCAGUGCGGCAAGAGAGCUUUGCCACUCUGAUGGUGUAUAAGAUCCCCAUGGAAGAUGUGAAAUCACUCUCAGAGUCCUUUUCACAGUUGGAAAAGGCAAAAGAUUCCUUCCAUUUUGAGGAAUACAGCUUCUCUCAAUCUACACUGGAACAGGUGUUCAUGGAGUUUGCUAAAGAGCAGGAGAAUGACGAGGAAGAGAUUGGGUCCCUGAGCACAACGUUUCAAUGGCAGAGGCUUCAGCAAGACGAGCCGGUGUCGACGCUCCACUCGGACAGCAUUGUCCACCAGCUUUAACCCCUGGAGCCGAAAUACUGAACUCUUUUCUACUGAAUCUGAUUGAUCUUGGAUCUCUUGUACUUCUCUCUCUGUAUUGAAUCUGACAGCUCUCAGAUCUCCAGUAAGGAAUUCUCUCUCUGUUCAGUUUGCUGGCACCACUCAGACGUGUUAUGGGAAAUAAUGCAGGACAACAAGCUUCUGAAGAGUUCAGUUUUAUGUUUUGAGUGGGUCUUCAAAUAUCCCCCCGCCCUCUUCCUAAAGGAGAUACACUUGAUUGAAUGCACUCUCAGCCUGCCAAUAUGAGUGGAUUUGUUUCAAGGAAAUUACAGCCUUUUGAAAUGAGCAUGCAUGCAUGCUCAAAGGGGCUACCCUUUGUAUUCUGGAAUAAACACAGUAUAUAUCAUUUUCAUGCCACAAUAUAAAAUGACACAGGCAGCGUUAAAUCCAGCAAGGUGCGACAGUACUGCGGAUGCUACAGAUAAAUCAUUAAUAAGAGACAACACCAUGCAUUAAGAAAAAUCGCAUUAGGUAGCAAGAGUAUCUUAAAGGGGAAUUGAUUUCAGCCUAAAUAUUUUGUGGUUGCGUAUAUAUGUGGUGGAUUGAAAUGCUGACAUUUUUAUUAAUACAGUUUCAUAAAUAAUUCCUGCUUCAGCCAGCUAGUGUCAGUCUUUUACAUUUGUAACAGUCACCUGUGAAUGUACAGAUGUAAGGCUUGAGGUAUUGCCAAAGUAUUAUAAAUCCAUGAAUGUGUAAAUAUAUGUAUUGAGGAAUGGGAGGAAGAGGCCCAAUUCACAAUGGUAGGUCUUCCCUUGUGUCCACAUGUAAUAACAAAUCAUAUUGCUUCCUCAGUAGUGUGGCUCAGGAGUCACGGUUUGUAAACGGCAAACUCUUAGCAAAGAUGAUUGAUCCACAUGGGAGAGGUGGAGCUUAUCAUUCAGAGCAACUCCUUUUUAGAAGUGUCUACACAAUUCCUUUUUGGUGUUGUAUCCAGUAUGAAUUACUCUACAUUCAUAGUCUAUAGUUGCAAUACUAUCACCGUUUGUUAACCUGUUCUGUCCCUCGAUCGUUCCUUUCACAGGGCAAUGCAGCCAUUUUCAGUUUUUACAGAAUAUUUUGAAUACAUCGAUGCAGGGCUGUUAACUAUGGUUGUCUCAAAUAUUUGGUACAGGAAGGUAAUAUUUUCUGACCACGUGUUUUUAAGCUUGGAUCUUUAGCUUGUAGCGGGGGGAUUUAUUUAAUAACACAUUUUAGGAUUUAAGCCCGUUCAUUAUGCCCUUUUCAGUUUUAUGUCUGCACUGGAGUUGGACCCCUGCUCAAGCAUAUUUUUAUUUUUUGUGUUUUUUUCUCUCCAGCUAUUGUAAAUGUUCCUUUUGUUUCUGUGUGUUUUUACUGAUUUACCAUCUUAACCCAGGUGUUCAAGUCCAUCCUGUGUGUUCCAGCUUAUAUUGGAGUUAAGGGUGGAAAAAUGAAUAUUUUACUUAUAACUUGUUUCUGAUAUGUAUCUAAGGUGGGAGGAAAGUACUGUAUCCUAUACACCCAACGUUGCCAUAUUUGUGUUUGUUUUAAAAAGGAAAUUGCACUGUUUGUAACUCCCUCAUUCAAUUCCUGAUUUCUGUUGAAUGGAAAGAAACAAGUACCGUGGACCGCAAAGAUACUUUCACCUUGCACUUUUGCACGAUUUUAAUUGAAACAGCAUUGUGUGUCAUCAUUUAACUAAAUGCAUAUCUUCAUUUAUACAAACUGUUAUUGUUGUGUAAUUCGUUCCACUGUAGUAUGGAUAGCCUGUUUUUAAUAGCUAUGCUUUUAUAAAAUUACAUUAAAAUGCAUCUUUCUCUUUCUUCUUUCUGCUCAGCCAGGAGGAUUGAGCUUGUAAUUGAGAGGGUUUUUUUUUUUGUUCUGGGGUAAUUGUAUGAGGUGACUACAGUAUAAGGACAAAGGGGAAAAAGUUAAUUGACAGUAAAGUAUUUUUAGGAAAGCCUUACCAAGCCUGUCCUAUUAUCAAUGAGCUAAGAAACUGGGCCUUAUUUAACUUUGAACCCUGCUUGUUGCACAGUGUUUAUUUUCUAAAACUCUGUACAAGCGUUGCAUGUUUGCAAUGCUGAGGGGAGAAUUUAAAGCCAAUCCAUUCUAAUACAGAUGCUACCUUUGUAUAUCGGAACACAGAGCUGAUACUGUGAUUGUGGUCAUGAUACGUUUGUUUAAUAAGUGGCUUAUGAGGUGAAUUGCCAGGUAAUGUGACAUUUGAUUACAAUAUGCAGUUGAUUCAGUUAACCAUUGAUUCAAUUAAGUGUUUUUCGUGGUAUAUUUACAUUCCAUUGCUUUCUUAUUCUAUGGCAUUAUCGUUAUAUCGAUGUUAUCAAUUAAAUACAAUUUAUAUUAGAAGACAGAGGGGCCUUAACAUCAAGGGUUAUUUAAAGAAUGUUUAUCAAUAAAACACAGUUUGAUAUUGUUUGUUUCUUUUAACAACAGCCUACAACAAUUUGACCAUCACAUUUAAUUUAAUUUUAUUUUAUUAAUAAAUACAGACUUAAAAAAAAACAUUCUUUAAAUCCCUCAGAGCUGAAAGCUUUGUGAAUAGGGCCUGGUGUCAUGAAGACGGGGGCCAUACUGUAUAAUAUAGUUAUAGUUUUAGAUUUUUACUUUAAUUAGAAUGCAUGUUAUUAAUUAAACGAGGGACAGACUUACUUGCUCGAGAGCAAAGGUUGCAGCAGUUUUUUUUUAAAUUACCAAGAAAUUAGAAGCUGACCUGGGUCAAUAGAACCUAAAACCGAACCCUCCUCCCAUGUGCAGUAGGGUUCAUGAAAGGGUACAUAUCCUUCAUGAAUUAUUUUAUCUAAAAAAAUUAAGAAAAGAAAGUAGAAAAAGUGCAACAAUUUCACAAAAGUGAGUGUUUUAAAUCUAGUCCUAAGAGCCUUUCAAGGGAGGCAAUGUCAGGUUACUGGUACCUUAAGGACAUUGUUUUAACAGAACCUUUAAAAGAGGGCCGAGUGCAUUCAAAACUUAAUUACUGUUAUUCUGUUUUUGUGUUUCACGAAAUAUCUGUGGUAUCAAGUUUGAAAUGUCAGUACCUGCAGUGCACAUGUUUUAGUUGUUUGGUGUAACCUAUAACCUGUAUGAUAAACACUAGUGUGUGUUUAUUUUUAGUUUUUUCCUUUUAACUGUAUUACUGUUUUCACAGAUGUAUCUGGGUGAUUUGUACGUAUCACGGUUUACUCCAGAUCGAUUAAUGAAUCACAGCACUGUCAAUUGUGAAAUAAAUUCCCUGUGCACCUUCAAAUAAAUACUGCUGUAUUUGCUUGGA